AAAAAACACAGCAGACAGAUUGCGCAAUGGCAAACCCCCGAAGGCUGAGGCCAGCACAUGGAGUGAGAGUUGUUGCUGUCAGCGCUGCUGUCGCAACGAUCGCCCUCUCCAGGAAGUUGCGGCACACAGGCCACUUGGGCCAGGAGGCGCCAAACAUCCAAUGGACCGCAUUCACCGAAGUGCCAGGUCCCGCAAGGAUGUCCACCCCAGCCAAUGUUGGACCAGAGGAUGAGAGCGGUGCCGAAGGAUCUGAAGAUUGGUGGGUGGACGGCUUCGAGCACGACAUGCAAGAGGUGUCCCCUUUCGAAUAUCAUCUUCACGCUGGAGCCGGUGCUUUGCGCAGUGGCGAACUGCACUUGAAUGCAGCCGGACUCAUCACUCAAGGCAAAUUGACCGUGCCAGAAGACUGGCGGCUUGGAUAUCAAAAGCGUGUGCCAUCGCUAGCCCCCAAACUUCGAGGGUGGCAACCCAGCUUUCAAAGCCACAUUGCCAAAAGGAGUUAUGGAGCUUCCAUGCGAUGGUCCAAGGCCAUGCUCCCGGACGGGGAACACACGCAACCUGAUGGUACCGGCCUAGAUGUAAACCUCGAGACAUCCAUGCAGGCUCCCAGGGACUCCAAAGCAGAGAAAGAGUGGGAGCAGCGAGCAGAAGUGGUGCUCGGUCCUCGCGCACAAGCGAAGUAUUUCAACUUUAGUCUUCCGGUCGGAGUGAAACUGGGUGCAGUCAUCUCAUCUCAGCGCCCGGAGAGCUCAGACGAGCAAAAGGGUGGGGAAGAGGGUGAGUCAGCCAGAGUUCCAAGGAUUUACGCAGAUAUCUCCUGGCCCGGGCUGAACGAGCUUCAGGGCUGGCUGCUGGAAGCACAGACGCUUCAUAGAAAAGUGGGAGAAUUGUCGGGGCAGAUUCGGCGCGGCUGGCGAAGCAAGGAGAUUCCCAAACCAGAAACCGACUGGUCCUUGCAGCACUUUCAGCAAUAUCGGCCCUUUCGGCUUCCAGCCAUGGUUGGUGAUGGUAUGGCAUCCGCAUCAAAUUUGAUUCAAGAUUCCAUCAGCCACUUCUGGGAUGGUUCUCAUCGGAUUCCUCGGCCAACUCCCAGACCUGCUGUCAUACCUGCCACCAAGCUUCGAAUUGGUAGCAAUGGACCUGGUGCACGUCUAGGCCUGCAGAGUGCUCAGUCAGGCCUGGGCGGUUCUGGGUUUGAUGGUGUGGUGGAGGUGAACAAACUUGGCUGGGGUGCAAAAGUUGCACUAGCUCUUGGCGUUGCUGAUGAAGGCUUUGGUCAACCUCGUCCGCCAGUCUCAGUUUGAGAUGCAGGGUAUGCCAUCACUGCAACUGGUGCGUGGCACAACAAAACCUCCAUUAUGCAUGAGCUGAAAUGGAUGCUCUCCGAUGGCCAAUGGGCAGGAGUGACAUUUCAAAAUGGUGGACCCGGCAGGCCGCCGCGCAUCAAUGCAGCUGUGGAACUGGUCCGAUGAACUGGCAGAGACUUGGCUGCGGUCAACUUUGGGAUCCCCACUGGCCUCACUGGCUGCGCUCUGCGGAGUACAGCCCUGGUGCUGAGCAAUUUCCAUGCAGAUUGUGCAGAUGCAGUUUCCAUCGAAGCUUUUUUUAAGCAGAGCCAUCGGUGGAAAAAAAUGUCCACAAAGCCAGACAGCCAGCACUUGCAAGCUGUGAUGAAGGGGUGCUGCCUGUGCUGAUGGCUGAACGAAUCCGACGAAGAUGUGGAUCCA